UAGAGGUCACUCUCAUUGAGCCCACGCCGUGUGUGUUUCUUCCUCAGAUCAAUGGCUGGUCUGUGUGUGGUGAGGUAGUAAUAUUUCUCCGUUCGUAACACGCCUGUUUUUAUCUACAGAAAAAUGCAUAGAGGAAUUUACAAUACAGUAAUUGAUAACUUAACAUCUAGUAAACCUACUGAAGAGAGGUGGUGGGUUAAUAGCCAUUGAGAAGUGCAUGGAUAACAUUCACAUAUCUCUAUUCACAAUAUGGGAAAAGACUGUUGGAAGAGGGAGAAAAUCCAUGAGACGGAAAGACACAUCAGAGCAAAUGAUCCUGAAUUCAACACGCAGUUUAAAUAUGCGAAUAAUUACAUCAAGACAUCCAAGUAUACUUUCCUGACAUUUAUUCCUAUGAAUCUGUUUGAACAGUUUCAGAGGCUAGCCAACUUUUAUUUUCUUUGCUUAUUGGUUUUGCAGCUUAUACCUCAAAUAUCUUCCCUUACUCCAGUUACUACAGCAGUGCCUUUAAUAGUGGUACUUUCACUGACAGCUCUGAAGGAUGCUGUGGAUGAUAUCCGUCGUCACCGCAGUGAUAAUCAGGUUAAUAACAGGGUGUUACGGGUAUUACGAAAUGGGAAAUUAGUUGAUGAAAAGUGGUAUAAAAUACAAGUUGGGGACAUUGUUAGAAUGGAAAAUAAUCAGUUUAUUCCAGCAGAUCUUUUAUUACUUUCUACUAGUGAACCUAAUGGUCUUUGUUACAUAGAAACAGCAGAAUUAGAUGGAGAAACAAAUUUAAAAUGUAGACAAGCUCUUUCAGAAACAGCUGAACUUUCAGAGUCUGAAAAAAAUUUAGGAAGUUUCGAUGGAGAAAUAAAAUGUGAACCACCCAACAACAAUUUGAAUAAAUUUGAGGGAAACUUGUUUUGGAAAGAUCAUCUUCAUUCGUUAGAUAAUGAUAAACUUCUGCUGCGAGGAUGUGUGUUAAGGAACACUCGUUGGUGUUAUGGUGUAGUUAUCUUUGCCGGUAGAGAUACAAAACUCAUGCAGAACAGCGGUAAAACUAUAUUCAAGCGGACAAGUCUUGAUCGUCUUCUAAACUGGUUAAUCAUUGGUAUUGUAUUCUUCUUGUUUAGUAUGUGUUUGUUCUGUACAAUUGCCUGUGGUGUUUGGGAAACUGUUACUGGUAGACAUUUUCGUAUCUAUUUACCUUGGGAGGAUUUAGUUCCUAAUAGAACUACAGAGGGGGCCACUGUUAUUUCUGUUUUGGUUUUUUUCUCAUAUGCAAUUGUAUUAAACACUGUUGUACCCAUAUCGUUAUAUGUCAGUGUAGAAAUUAUAAGAUAUUUGAAUAGUCAGUGGAUUAACUGGGAUCAACAGAUGUACUAUGCACCCAAUGAUACUCCUGCCAGAGCCCAUACGACCACAUUAAAUGAAGAAUUAGGCCAGAUAGAAUAUGUCUUCUCAGACAAAACUGGCACAUUAACACAGAACAUUAUGACUUUUAACAAAUGUUCAAUUAUGGGACAUAUGUAUGGAGAAGUCCUUGAUGAGGUAACAAAGGAACCUAUAGAAAUAACAGAGAACACACCUUCCGUCGAUUUUUCAGUAAAUCCCCUGUAUGAACCAAGCUUUAAGUUUUACGAUAAAGCUCUGUUAGAUGAUGUAAUGCAUGGAGAUAAACAUGCCCAUGAAUUUUUUCUUCUUCUUGCAUUAUGUCACACAGUUAUGUGUGAAGAGAAAGAUGGACGUUUAGAAUAUCAAGCCCAAUCUCCUGAUGAAGCCGCACUUACUUCAGCAGCAAGAAAUUUUUUAAUGCAAUAAUUUAUUUUUCAGCAUCGUACACCAAACAGUAUUAUUGUAGAAGUAAUGGGACAGAUAGAGCAUUAUGAACUAUUAGCUAUUUUGGAUUUUAACAAUUAUCGUAAACGCAUGUCUGUGAUAAUUAGAAAAAAUGGAAAAAUAAAAUUAUUCUGUAAAGGUGCUGAUUCUGUGAUAUUUGAAAGACUCAAUCCUGAUAGUGCAGAAAUCAAGUUAAAAACAAUAGAACACUUGAAUAAAUUUGCUGGUGAAGGACUCCGUACAUUGUGCUUGGGUGUUAAAGAUCUAGAAGAAAGUGUUUAUGAAGAAUGGAAAGCUAAAUAUCAUGAAGCAACGACAGCCUUAGAAAACAGAGAAUCUAAAGUUAAUCUAGUUAUGGAAGAAAUAGAAAAAAAUCUGACUUUGAUUGGUGCCUCUGCCAUUGAAGACAAAUUGCAAGAUGGCGUUCCUUACACAAUUGCAAACUUGGCAUUAGCCGGAAUUAAACUAUGGGUGUUGACUGGCGAUAAACAAGAGACUGCCAUAAACAUCGGAUAUUCAUGUCAGUUGCUGACGGAUGACAUGGUUGAUAUCUUCAUUGUUGAUGGAAAUGAUCCUGAAGAAGUACAAAAGCAACUCCAGACUUACAGAGAGAACAUUCGGAGUGUCAUGUCUCAUACUAAAGGCGCUCCUCAGUGCAGCGUGGUUACAUUUUUGGAUGAUUUAUAUCCACUCUCUAACAGCAGGGAGGAUUUUGGAGGAUUUGCACUUGUUAUUAAUGGACACAGUUUGUCUUUUGCACUUGAUGAGUCAAUGGAACUUCUAUUUCUUGAAGUUGCCUGCCACUGCAAGACUGUCAUUUGCUGUAGAGUCACUCCUCUGCAGAAAGCAUUGGUAGUAGAUUUAAUCAAAGUUCAUAAGAAAGCCGUUACAUUAGCUAUUGGUGAUGGCGCAAAUGAUGUCAGCAUGAUCAAAACCGCCCACAUAGGAGUAGGUAUCAGUGGACAAGAAGGUAUGCAGGCCGUCCUAGCCAGUGAUUACUCGGUGGCACAAUUUCGUUUUUUGGAACGUCUUCUCCUAGUCCACGGACGUUGGUCUUAUUUUCGAAUGUGCAAGUUUCUACGAUAUUUCUUUUAUAAAAAUUUUGCAUUUACACUCUGCCAUUUCUGGUUUGCUUUCUUCUGUGGAUUUUCAGCACAGACUCUCUUUGAUCCAGCUUUUAUAUCUGUUUAUAAUGUUAUUUAUACAUCAUUACCAGUUUUAGCACUUGGAAUACUUGACCAGGAUGUAGAUGACAAAAAUUCAAUUCGAUAUCCAAAACUUUAUACUCCUGGGCAUUUAAAUUUACUUUUCAACAAAGUUGAAUUCUUAAAAAGUGUUACUCAUGGAAUCCUUACGUCUUUCAUCUUGUUUUUUAUCCCGUACGGAGCAUUCAACACCGGAAUAAGUUCAGAAGGUCGAAAUUUAGAUGAUCUCCAGCUAUUCGGCACCACUGUUUCCGUCAUUUUAGUGUUAGCUGUGACUUCCCAGGUUGCUUUAGAUACUGCAUACUGGACUGUUACAAACCAUAUAGUGAUUUGGGGAAGCAUUGCCUUUUAUUUUAUAUUAACUUCUCUUAUCACUAGUAACUUGUUUCUUUACAAUUAUGUGGGAAUGUUUCUUAUUGCCAUUGCCACUCCACAAUUUUGGUUUACGACUUUUUUAACUCUAACCAUUAUUUUGGUGCCUAUAGUGGCCAUAAGAUUUUAUCACACGGACGUCCAUCCAACAUUAUCUGACAGGGUCAGGUUAAAACAGCGGAAGUCGUGCCUGAGGUCUCGACCCUCGGACACGCAACUGCACAGAUCUUCCAGCAUCAGAAGGAGCAGUCGGCGUUCCAUACGUUCUGGAUACGCUUUUGCCCACCAGGAAGGAUUUGGCCGCCUCAUAACUAGCGGCAAGAUAAUGCGAAAGAACAAGUCCAGUAGUUUCGGAAACAACUUACAUCCACACUCCAGGAGCCACAAUCUGUGGGUCACCAGAAACCAUUCAGGAAACUCCAGGGAGAGAGCCACUCCUUCCACAGUUGAAGUGUAAAGUUUUUUCUGUGUGUGUGCGUGUGUGCAUUUCUGUGAUUCGGCAUUUGCACCUGUUACAGUGCAUAAAUAUUUUAAGUUUUUGUUCCAAAUUUUCAAAGAACCUUAUAAGUUUCAAUUAAAUGUUUCGAGAAGAAGCAUAUCGAUAUUUAAUGUUCAUAUUUGCAAAAAAAAAAGUUUUUUCUACCAUCUUUAUCAUGGAUUAUGGCCUUGUACAUAUUAAAAAUUGAAACAAAAGAAAAUAAAAUGUCUGUACUAAAAGUGUUGAACAUCUUCAUCUAGUGCAUUACGGAACAGACAUUUACCUAUAUCAUUGUUAAUAAGUCCAUUUUAUGAAGUGUAAACUAAUUGUGGCACAAAUUUUUAUUUUAUUAAAACUGUUGGUAAAUACAGAAAUCUUCCUACACUUGCAUAUGUAUAAUAUUCUUUGUAAACAUUGAUUUUUAAAAAAAAAUUUUGUUGUAGCCUAGAUUUAUAAAAAAACAAAAAAAAAUUGUAUUCGAGUGAUAUACUUUAUUAUAUAUAUAUAAUGCAUUGCAUUAAUGGAAAAAAUUAUUUUAAUUGCAAUGUUGUUUAAAAUGCCUGUUCUUAUAGUUAAUGGGUGAAAAAAGUUUAUAUGGUUAAUAAAAUUUAUGUAUUUUA